AUGUCCCAUCAUGGUGCCAGUCAAUCACCCGGCCUUCAACAUGCAGCAUACAACAAUAAUCCCGGCCGACCACUGUCCUCGCAUCAACAUGCGCGAACUCCGGCAGCACCCUCACCUGCUGGCUAUCAACAAGCAGGUUCCUUUUCUGGACAGUCGAAUCCUGGCGCACAAGAUGGUCAAAAUGGAGCAGCGGCGCAGCAACAAUAUGGAGGGGAUCCGAAUGCUUCAUACUUUCCAACUCAAGGAUCAGACGCUAGUGCCGGUCUGGUAGGACAAAUGGGCGGGCUCGCCAUCUCAGGCGAUAGCUAUGCACCCCAGAAGGCUCACAAGAAGAAGCAAAGGCACGCAUAUCAUGACUUAGGCCAACCAUCAGCUCCCUCACAGCCUCCGCCAGGGAUAGCACAGGGGUAUGGGAGCAGCCAGGGACAAUUCUUGAAUGCUGGGCAAUUGCAACCGCAGGCGCCCGGAAGCCCAUACAUGGGGCAAAGUUCAGCGCAACCCAUGGCUCAUAUGAGCACGGCAGAUAGACUGAGGUCUGGCGAGGAGAUGGUAGCCACGCAAGGGCGUGUCGACCCGGAACAGAUCCCAAGCAUCCCACGGUCGAGAGACGCAGCAGCGCAGUAUUAUCUGACACAAGUCUAUCCUACCAUGGAAAGACACCUUCCUCCACCUGCCGCCAUCCCUUUCAUUGCACACGAUCAGGGUAAUUCAUCCCCCAAGUUUGCUCGAUUGACCUUGAACAAGCUUCCAUCCACUUCAGAGAGUUUAGCAUCAACCGCCCUACCACUGGGGAUGGUUCUACAGCCUCUCGCUCCUCUUCAAGAAGGCGAACAGCCAAUACCUGUGCUGGACUUUGGCGAUGCUGGCCCUCCUCGUUGCCGAAGGUGUAGAACAUACAUCAACCCCUUCAUGACUUUUCGAUCUGGCGGCAACAAACUCGUUUGCAACAUGUGCAAUUUCCCAAAUGAUGUUGCACCGGAAUACUUUGCUCCUACUGACCCAUCUGGCGUCCGUGUUGAUCGUCACCAGCGGCCUGAAUUGAUGCUUGGAACGUGCGAAUUCUUAGUACCCAAGGAGUACUGGGCGAGAGAGCCUGUAGGUCUCCGAUGGCUUUUUCUGAUAGACGUCAGUCAAGUCUCCCUGCAGCAAAAAUUCGUCGAGUCUGUCUGUGAGGGCAUUCGGCAUGCACUGUACGAUGAUGAGUCAGAAGAAACAAGUUUUGUGCAGAAUGGGACCGAGCCACCAGCAGGCAGAUUAUCAGCUGGAAGCAAAGUCGGCAUCGUGACGUAUGACAAAGAGGUCCAUUUCUACAACCUGAGUGCUAGCCUUGACCAAGCUCAAAUGAUGGUUAUGACAGACCUUGAUGAACCAUUUGUGCCACUUAGUGAGGGCUUGUUUGUUGAUCCUCAGGAAUCGAAACCAAUCAUAUCUUCUUUGCUUAACCAACUACCGACGCUGUUUUCUGCUGCCAGAGCUCCUGAGCCGGCGCUUCUACCAACUCUCAAUGCUGCACUAGCAGCUCUUGCAAGUACGGGCGGCAAAGUCCUGUGUGCCUUAUCUACACUACCCACGGGGGGGCCUGGCAGACUUAUUGUUCGAGAUGAUAGCAAGGGACGUGAUCCUGAUGAUGAGAAGAAAUUGCUCACAACAGACCAUCCCGGUUUCAAGAAGACUGCGUCAAGUAUGGUGUCUGCUGGGGUUGGAGUUGAUUUCUUCCUUGCGGCGACUGGUGGCCAAUAUAUGGACAUAGCCACUAUCGGCCAUAUCUCGGCCUUGACUGGCGGCGAAGUAUUCCUCUAUCCGAAUUUCUAUGCUCCGAGAGACCACGUGAAGCUCGCCAAUGAGAUCCGGCAUGCUGCAACACGAGAUACAGGAUAUCAAGCUUUGAUGAAGGUUAGAUGCUCGAAUGGCCUGCAGGUCUCCUCAUACCACGGCAACUUCCUCCAACACACCUUUGGAGCCGAUCUAGAAAUCGGCACCAUAGACGCGGAUAAAGCCAUGGCCGUCGUCUUCUCUUAUGAUGGCAAGCUUGAUACAAAGCUUGAUGCUCAUUUCCAAGCUGCUCUUCUCUACACUACUGCGUCCGGACAGAGACGAGUUCGGUGCAUCAAUAUAGUUGCGGGGGUCAUGGAGGGCGCCAUGGAGUCCAUGAGGACGGUCGACCAGGAUGCUGUGGUGAGCAUUAUCGCUAAGGAGGCUUCAUCGAAGCUAGCGGAGAGGAGCCUGAAGGAUAUAAGAGCCGGAAUCACGGAAAAGACAAUAGAUAUUCUGGCAGGAUAUCGAAAGAACUUCUCCGGCAGUCAUCCUCCGGGUCAGUUGGUUCUACCAGAGAAUCUGAAGGAGUUCUCGAUGUACAUGCUGGGCCUGAUCAAAUCGAGAGCUUUCAAAGCUGGUGGUGAACCUACAGACCGACGCGUCCAUUCUUCACGCCUCCUUCGAUCAGCCGGAGCUACAGAAACAGCACUCUAUCUCUACCCUCGUAUCUUCGCAAUACACAAUCUUUCCCCGUCAGAUUGCUUUCCAUCCUCGGACACUUCACAACUUGUUCUACCACCUACCCUGCGUGCCUCAUUCUCCCGUGUCGAAGAAGGCGGCGCUUACCUAGUCGACAAUGGGCAAGGAGUCAUCCUCUGGCUGCACAGCCAAGUCUCUCCCAAUCUGCUUGAAGACUUGUUCGGUCCAGGCAAGACUUCACUACAAGAGCUCGACCCCUGGCUUUCUGAGUUACCCGUCCUGGAAACACAUCUUAAUGCGCAAGUGCGGAACCUGAUGGCCUAUCUCAGCACCGUGCGGGGUUCAAAGGCUGCAACGAUACAGAUGGCGAGACAAGGCUUGGACGGUAGUGAAUUCGAAUUCGCACGCCUGUUGGUGGAGGAUCGUAACAACGAGGCACAGAGCUAUGUGGAUUGGUUGGUGCACGUACAUCGAGCGAUUCAGCUGGAGCUGGCGGGCCAGAGGGAGAAGAGCGCUGGUGAUGGCGAUGGUGGUGCCGAGGGCAUUUUGAGUAAUCUGACCGGCUUGAAGGCGCCGUACUGGAAUUGA